AUGUCGUGGGAACCAAUGGAUGCGGAAGAACUACGGGUCAAGGCUGAGAGUCUGCUAACAUCUGAGCAGAUACCCGAUCCUGUCAUCGAGCAAUUCGUGCCUACCCGCGCGGUUCUUUGGAGAAAAUGGAAAGGGACCAUGCUGGAAGACACGUGGGAAGCGACCAUGCUUAACAUGGUUGUUGCGCUGGUCGUGUGCUUGGCGUAUCAAAGACUGCAAGUUUCAUACCCUCGCCUCUCCGAGCAGCUGUUCAAGAUUGAUAUAAUCUGGAAGAUCCAUAUGACCCUGACAACAUUCAUCCUCACCUUCUUCGUGAGCCAGUCGUACGCGAUGUGGCGCAGUGUAUACAUGACAACACGGCACGUGCAGGGGAAGUUGUACAACCUCCUCAUGCUAACGACCACGCACCUACGAAGGGAGCGGCCGGCCUACUUCGACGAUGCCACCGGCACCUCCACCUCUGCUACGGGCGAGACGGGAGGGGGAGGAGAAAGAUCUCUAAGGGGAGAAGGCAGGAGUAUGCGGCCGGAUAGUGAUAUGGCCUUUGGUAGAAACGUUGGAAGGGGCCGGGAUGAUGUUAGGAUUGGGGGCGGAGAUGCCGCUUGGUUUGUCGGUGGGGGUGAUGCCGGAGCGAGUGGUGGCGGGGGGGGCAAGGCCUCACCAUUAGUAGCUUCGCCGCCCCUCCCCCCACCGUCGCCAUGCACCUGUGGAGGUAGAGGCACGGAGCGCAUUCCUGAUACCAGCAGCGGCGGCGGCGGCAGCAGCUGCACGUGCGGGUGUGAGUUUCCAGGGAAGAGCGUCCUAUUGGACACCCGGCUGUGGCUUGCGCACUUUGAACGGUACACAAGACUCUGGCAAAUCCUGUACUAUGCCGGCUGCUCAAGGAAACACGCCUGCUUCUGCACGGAUCCCGGCCUUGAGCGCUUGCAUCUAUGUGGUCUCAUCACCGAGGCCGAGAUACCUCUCCUGAGGGACUUCCCGGGACCCGUGGCUCAUAGGCACAUGCCGGUUUUCCAGUGGAUGGUGGCGCUUUUCCUUGGCGGGUUGGAAGAGGGGCGAUUUCUCCAACCGGUGUCGCUCACAACCCGAAUGAUGGAGCAGUUCGUGGGUCUCCGAGACAAGUCUGGCGGCAUCGGUGACAUGGUCGGCGGCCGAACAAAGCUCGCCUACGCGCACGCCGUGCAGCUUCUGGUGGACGUGUUCUUGCUGCUGACGCCGUUCGCGCUGUUUUCUGAGGUCGGCUUCUGGUCCAUCGUCGCCACGGGGGUGCUCACAACGUUCUAUCAGGCGAGACGAAAGAUGGGGGCACAAGAGUAG